UUGCACUUGAACUCCUUAUAAGGCUAAUCUCACAAACACUCGCACUUGAACUGCUUAUAAAAUGCUACUCGAUCACUAGUCUUGUAGUUGAUUUAAAUUCGAACCAUUUACGAGCAGCUCGGUUUCAACUUUCCGGGCGAUCUAGAGUCCCUAGACCCGCCCUUAGGACGUAGGGCCUGUUUUCAUACGUUGAAAUUCAGUUCAGUUCAGCUGAGUUUACUUCAGUUCAGUUCCUAAUUUCCUUCUCUUAUAAAAUAUUCAUUUCAAUUCAGUUCAGCUCAAUUUAAUUCAGUUUAGCUGAGUUCAGUCAAUGAAAACAAACCCGUAGUCAACAUUCCAUAUGAAAAAAUAAACAGAUUCGUACUUGGCAAAAAAAAAAAAAAAAAAAAAAAAAAAAAAAACAGGGAGUUUGGAAAGGAUGCUCAGAAUUCGGAGCAACUUCAAUGGCGUCCGAUUUCUCAACUUCAUCCAUGGAUUUCCUCAUCUUCUACUUUACUCAACUUGAACAUCAUCUUCUUCUUCAGUCACAAAAGUAGUCAACUCUGGUUUCGCGAAUUACUUGGUUGAUUUUCUAGGGUUUUCCAACCAACAAGCUCUUUCCACUUCCACUAAGCUCGCUCAAAAUCGCUUACGUCGAGGUGCAAAAAAGGUCAGUGAAUUCUAUUUCAUUGAAAAUGCUAAUUCUGUGAUUACAUUCUUCAAACAAAUUGGAUUGGAACAAUCUCAUAUUCGAAAUGCCGUUAUUUCUCAACCCCUAAUUUUGUUGUGUAAUGUUGAUUAAAACCUAAUUCCUAAGACCCAAUUUCUUCGUAGUAUGGGGUUUUCUGUGUCUGAUUUUGCUCAGCUUAUAAAGGUUAAUCCUCGUAUAUUUUCGACGAGUUUAAAAUCCAAUAUUAUUCCUGCAAUCUAAGCUUUGAGAGAAAUUAUGGGUUGUGAACACCUAGUGAUUAGAAUUCUGACGAAACCGCGUCGAUUGAGGCUUUCGCGUGUGCCCAGAAUGUUGGCGCCUAAUGUAGCUUUGUUGCGAAGUUAUGGAAUUACCAUUGAAUCAAUCCGGAAAUACCUACUGACGGAUGUAUCCCCGUUUCUUCGGAAUAUCGAUUUUUUUGAGGAUGCAGUGAAUAAGGUUGAAGAGAAAUUAGGGAUUUCUCGACACUCUCCACAGUUCUUUUCCGGUGUCUAUUUAUUGACCCAUAUUACUGAGAAGACUAUUGAGUCGAAACGAAAAGUGUUUAGAAGUUUUGGGUGGACUGAGUCUGAUAUUGCAACUCUUUCAUCAUCAAGUCCUAUUCUUUUGGCACUCUCUGGAGCUACCAUAAAGAAAAAGUUGGAUUUUCUUAUGAACGAGCUUGGUUACGAGCCUAGUUACUUGUCAAAGAGGUGUAACCUGUUAACUUGUAGCCUGGAAAAGAGGAUUUUGCCUAGACAUAAGACUCUCAUUGUAUUGAAGGAGAAAGGUUUUAUUAAGAUGGAUUACCUUCUUGAAUCUUCCCUUUCAAUGGCCGAGUCUCGGUUCUUGAAGAAGUUUGUACUACCAUUUAAGGAAGUCCAUGGAGUUUAUUCCCAACACGCAGGUAUUAGUUUGGAGUUGCUGACCCUAGGAUCAUCGAAAACAAAUUCCAAAGCUGCUUGACGCUUGGUGAGACUGCGUCAAUUUAAGGUGAGUAAUGGGGAUUACAUCUAUGUGUAGAAGCUCAAGUACUGUGACUGUCUGGGUAAUGACAAGGUAAUUCAUUUUUCUGCUUGAUUUGAUGUUCAGUGAUUGAUAAUUGUAAUAGUGAUAGAUUAUAAAUUGGUGAUGCAUACGGUUUUUCCGGUGGUUGAUGUGACGUGUUAUGAUGAUUUAGAAUUGUAAUAGUGACUUCUGAAUAUUAUUUGCAAAUUUGGGUGUAUUCCUUGUAAGUUUUGCUUGCUUUAAGAAUUUCGUUGACAAAAUUUUCAGCUUAGAUCACCUGCUCUUGGAUGAGUGAGGUGACUUCUUGACUCCCCUUUACAAAUAGUGACAAACAAAGUAUUAUGUGAAAAUUUGUCAGGCACCAGAACCGCCUGAUUGUGUUAUAAAUUGAGUGAACUGAUUUAUUUGAAUAUUUUUGGGGAUAUGAAGCUAAGCUUUAGAAACCAGCCUUUAGAAAAGAAGCUGAAAAAUUUCUACAGAGUAUAGGCAUAAUGUGACCUUUAUUUGGAGGUUCCUAUCUCAAUGAUGGGCCGUGGUACCGAUAAUUUCAUUGUUAUGAUCCACUAGAUCUUGAGGAAGAUUUCUUUAUGCAAAGCCCUAUUUCAGGUUUGAUUUUUUUUUUUUUUUUUUUUGUUGUUUUUUUUUUGAAAUUUAUCAAAUUCAUGUUGUUGGUAGAGCUAUGUGCUAUUUAAGGGAGCUUUAAAGCUAUAUAGCUUAAUCUCCCAUUUUUCUUCUUUCUUUCUUUUUUCCCCCUUGUGAUAAUACACAUGGUUGUGAAUACCUUUUUUUAUGCAAACAAUUUAUAAUCAGAACAACUCUUGAUUGGCACUAAAGAGGUAUCAACUGAACACCUAUGCAGUUGGUAUUUUAGUUUUUCCUUAUUUUUGCUUGCAUUUGCUUCAAGUGUAUGAUAUCUGAUCUUUACAAGCAUAUUCUGAUUUAUGUGCAUGGACGCAUGGUUGAUGUAUAAAUUACUCCUUUUCCGACACUUUACUUUUUACUCCUAUAUCGAUAAGCUUAUGUUGGAGUUGCUCUCACAUUUCUGUUUGUUACUUGCCAUUUUAAGAUUUGGAUCCUUUGUAUGUAUAAUAGAAAGACCCACUUGGCUACAAGAAUAUGUGCCAACCCCAUCCUGAGCUCUGAAGUAUAAUUAAGGUGCUUUUGAAAUCUGAAAUGCUAAAAUUUCAGGAAUCAUAUGUAUAAUGCUCAGUGCUGGAUUGACUAGAUUUUUUGUGUGACCAUUUUUCAGAGUCGAGGUGCUGCUAACUAAAGAGUUUCUGAAUGCUUGUUUGGUUUUACCGAAUCGUUAAGAUUGUGAACUGUGUUUUGGCACUCUUAUGGAGUGUUAUAAACUAUAAUCAUUGAUACCCUUGCUGGUAAAACCUUUUGCAGUUAUUGAUGUUCUUUGAUACUUCAGGAUUCUGUUUUCAAGAAUCGAGUGGUGUUCUAUGAGAAGGAAAACAAGAGACAUGGUUUAUGGUUUUCAAUUGAUCCUUUGACUGAAAUAUGUUAGGGAAUCUUCUGUGAAAUUGUUGACUUGCGGGUUUGGGAAAUUGGAAUUAUGUUGUAGUUGACUGAGAGUUGUGGGAAUUUUUUAUAUACCUACAUUAUAGGAAAUGAGAGAUAUAAGUAAAUCAUAUAUGAAGAGUACUUGUAGAAAUGAGAGAUAUAAGUAAAUCAUAUAUGAAGAGUACUUGUAGUUGCUCAAGAUCAAUAAUGCGAUGACGCUUUGACCAUUUCAUAUUAAGAGAAACAUUAGAUUUUCGUACACAGGGGAAAAAAUAAUGUUAAUUCAUAGGAGUAGUAUUAUGCAGCAUGUCAUUCAUUCUGAAAAACCUGAAGACGCAUUCUUCAAGCUCACAACUUUACUAUUUCGCUAAGUAUGACUAUAGUUAUGCCAGACAGCUAUUAUGAACUUUUAGUAUUGUAGAGGUUGUUUGGAUGGUUGGCUAUUAUGAGCUUGCAGAUCUGUUUGAGCUCACAUUUGGUGUUAUAGAUGAUAACUAACAAUUGUAUGAUAUAGUUUUAAUUUUUGAGUUUUGUAUAUUUGUUUGUUCAUAUUAACUAUAUGUUUAUACUUUUAUAUUCUUCUUUCAUGUAAUUUGAAUCUCAUCACUGUUGUGGGAUUUAGGAAUUUGGUUUCAAUGUGGGUCUUUGAUAUUGUUACCUUGACAAAAGCAUAAUCUUGUCCUUAGGAUUUUAGCCUUAGUGGUUCUACAAUAUGCAAAAGAUGGUGAAUUCCCCCUUUAUAGAUGGACAGAUCUAAUUAAUUCAUUUAAAAAUGGGUAUUGGUGUUUCUCCAUUCGUCACAUAGCUGUGAUAUAGACGAUUGCAUUUAGACUCUUCUAUUGUUGGCCACUUACAUAUGACACCCAUGCUAGUUUCUUUCUCUUCUUUUCCCUCUACUGUAAAUUGGACUGUAUGGACUCUUUUCCAGAUUUUUUUUUUAUCUAUAUUUAAAAGAAUAGAUGAGUUUCCUGGUUUGAACAUGUAAUUUGUUGGAUAAAUGUGGAUAGAAAAGUAAAUUAUGAUAUGCAUGCUUAUUAUUUUCCUGGUAAAAACUUUAGCACUUCAGUAGUUUUCUCUUUGCAGAACUAUUUGGUGUGUAUAUUGAACUUUGCAACUUGAAUCAGUUCUUCAAGGCUAAGUUUUUUUUUUUUUUUUUUUUUUGUUAAUUCUUUUCUUUGGCUAUAGAUCUGAUUAUAUUACCUUUUCUGAAAUUUAGAUUUGGGAGGACAAGUAUGUGUGUUUGUGUGUGCAGGAUGUAAUUUUUUUGUUUAGCAGCCAAUGUUCUCCACAGUGAUCAUAUGAUGAAAAACUCUCUUUGCUUGUGCAUGAGUGUGUGUGACAUACAGGUUAUGUUCUAGCUCAAGUCCUUAACUUUAUUUACCCCUAUAGCCCUAAUGGUUUCAUUUGAGUGUGUGCUCUAACAUUUGGGAUUGGAGAUGUUGAUGAUUUUGAACAUAUUAUUUUUUAUUUCCAUUGUUCUCUUUUGAUAAUUGAGGUAGAAUUUGUAUCUUUAUUAACAGUUCUCUUUGAGUUAUGUUCAUUCAAAUUCCCCUUAAGAGCAAUUACUUAAAUAUUGAAAUUUGUAUAUUUAUUGUUCGCUAAUAGUUAAGAUGUACGUACUGUGGAUUGCAUAGGCUCAGCAAUAUUAGAAGUUGGACAAACAAACAAACUAGGUAUCGUAAGGUUGUCUUCCUAUGAGAGUUGGUUAAAUUGGGUCUUAGGUUAUGAAUUAGUUUGUUAAAAUUAGAGUAUCUUCCCAAAGACUGUCACAUUUCUCUACAAUCUUUUUUUGUCAAAAUUAGUGAGUCUUGACCACCAAAGUCAAGUGGUUGUUUGGUUUGAGUCCUUGAAUCUACAUUUUGCAACGAAUGUAGUGGUUAAAUAAAUUGUCGGAAGGUUAAUUCGAUUGAUAAAGCUUAAAGCUUGCGUACAUCGUAAAUGGCUUUAGACCAUUACUCUCCAAGAACACUCUACAAUAAUUUUCUGGAUACCUUCCUUUGUCUUAGGCUACUCUAUUUAUACUACUACAAGCACUACAAGAAUGGCCAAAAGCCUUAAUUGCUACUUUUACUAUUGUUUGUCAUUAAGCUUAAGUUACCACAGUGAAGGGCUAAUAAACCAAAACCAAACCCCCUGCAAUAUCAGUGAACCGUUGCUUGUAUUGGUAGUGGAGGGGUGUCCUGCUGUGUCUGCUGCUCUUGCUGCCCUUGUCUCUUCUUUGGUCUCCUGCUGUACACCAAGGUCACGGGUGGUGGGUGAGGGUGUAUUGCACAUGUCCUGUACUUUGUUGUUAUGCCGGUCAAACAACCACGAGUAGUUCCUAAGAUAUAUUGGAAGUCAACUAAAGAGCUACAAGCCUACAAGUACAAAAGUUGACUAUUUAGACUAUAUUAGAUAUGGAGUUUCUAAAUUUAAUUGCUAUAUGUGUGUGUGUGUGUGUUUUAGCUAUACAAUGUACUUACAACAUGUCCUUUUCUUAAAUUGUACUUUUUCUACAACAAUAGUUUUCUCUUUAAAUUUACUUUUGGUUUGAAAAAUAAUGUAAUAUAUACAUUUAGGUUAUUUAAAAUCCCUUAUCAUUCUAAAAAGAUUCUAUAUGUUUAUAAUAUUAAUCUCCCGUUCUUGCUUUCCCGUUUGCUCUUCAAUUUUGUGCGAUUUUCAGUCACAUUAGGGAAACAGAUUGUACAUGUGUUUGUUUAGACUUUAGAGGGGAUAAUGUAGAGACAUAAUUAAAGAGAAAGAACUAAAAAUAGCAACAGUUCUUGUUUGGCAUGAUGAUUCAGGUUAAUUAUUUAAAUCUUUUCAUCGAAAGCUUAAGCUCUUGGUUAAGGUUUGUUUCAUUCUGAAUUGAAAUGGCAUUUUACUUUCCAUGCUGCUCUCUUAUAUUUGAUAUGACAAAAAAUUGUGAUUCCAAGAACUGUUUGCAUUUUUACUCUUGCUGUCUUGAAUGCCUCUUUUAUUCCAUCUGAAAAAGUAACCCUAUGAGUGAUGAGAUAAUAAUUGCUUAUUCCUUCUAAAUUGCUUGCCUAUACUCAAUUUUUAUCGGAUCAUACUUUGUUUAUGGUCUCUAGUAGCGAACUUGGGAAACUUGAAUCUGUUGUUGUGGAUUAGACUUUGUAGCAUAGUGUAUAAGAAUGAGGGACAGAGGGGAGGGAAGAAAGAGUGAGAAAGGAGAGGGGUUAGAGGGGGUGAUAGGGAUGGGAGGGAUAGGGCUUUCUACCCUUUAGAAGUUGAGAAUUAUUGUUAUGAAUUUGCAAUUUCAUUAAUUCAGUUACCAAGAAAUUUUGGUAGAUUGGUGGAUUCAUUUGAGUAUAUUUUGUGUCACUGAAAAUAGGGAAUUAUUGCAACUAAAAGCUGGGAGCAGUGUCAAAUUUAGAAGUUAUUGUAACUGGUGGUACACUAAUUGCAGGAUUCUACCUGGAAAAACUACAGGACCAGGAGCAAUUAGUCUCUUCAUCUCUCUACGCAGCUACUGAGUAGAUAGGCGACAAUGGUGGUGGCUUUGAAAAAGGGAGAGAGAGAGAGUGGGAACUGGGGUGAAGGAUUGUGUAGUACUUAUCAGAAUCGAGCAAGUGUGACCGAGAAGAAUCAAGAGGAGGAGAAAGCUCGUGUUAUUCUGCCUAGGAGUAUCUCAGUUAGGUCUAAUGGAUUCUUGAAGAUGAGUUAGAUUGCGGCUACUUUAUCUCAGAACAAUUCCCCUCCAACUCGGUCGGUCACUCAGCUUCCGGCCGGAGAGAUGAUGGAGCAGAUAGUAUCCCUAUUUCUCUGAAUUUGAAGAAUGUUAAGCACGGGGCAAAGCUGUCGCCCAUUCGUACAAAUCCUUCUACGCCUAAGGUGUUUCAGCCAUUCGUGAUACUAUCAAGACCACACCUUCUAAGGGACCAAAGUCUAAGCUCAUGCUAGAAGACAAGGAGAUGUUUGUGCCCCAUUCUAAUGCCGUAGUAUUACUUUUACUACGUACUACAGGAAGUCGGGUUGGCGAACUGGUUCCGGUUGAGAAGCUUGACAGCAGAUGGGUUGCCUAAUAAGUAAUAAGUAAUAAGGAGAGCUUUAUUGGGCAGAGUUAUGAGGUUGGGAUUACUAGCUACUAAUGCACUAGAUUGAAACACUUAUUGCAGGCUGUGUUUUGAAGGGUUCAAUGAUUGUGAUUUAUUUUUUAUUUUUACAGAUUGUAUUGUUUUUCAAUAAUUACAUGAUUACAUCUUUAUGAGCUAGGUUCAAACUCAUUCAGUGUUCGAAAGAAUAGUUAGUAUAGAGUUUGAUCUUGUCUAUUUGAUGGCUUGAAGCAACUCAAAUGAGAUCAAAUUAAAUACUACAUACUUCUAUAGUUCUAUUACAAGGUCCUUUAUACAGACGUAUCAUACGUGUUAAGGCAUUUGUCUUUUCAAAUCGAAUAAUUCCCCAAACCUAACUCUCUAGAUGGCAAUAUUUCACAUUUAAUCUCAAUCUCACUCACACUUGAACUCAUAAAAUGCUACUUAAUCACUAAAACCAUUCACGAGCAGCUCGAAUUCGACUUUCCGGGCAAUUUAGAGCCCCUAGACCCUAGUAAACACAAAACACUCCAUACGACAGUUAGUAGAACAAAACAAGGAGUUUCCUUUCAAGAAAAAAAAAAAAAAAAAAAAAAACAAAACAAAAAAAACAGGGAGUUUGGAAGGGAUGCUCAAAAUUCGAAGCAACUUCAAUGGCGUUCAAGCUCUCAACUUCAUCCAUGGAUUCCGUCAUCUUCUACUCUUCUCAACUUCAACAUCAUCUUCAUCUUCAAUCACAACAGAUGUCUUCUCUGGUUUCACCGAUUACUUGGUUGAUUUUCUAGGGUUUUCCAACCAACAAGCUAUUUCCACUUCCACUAAGCUCGCUCAAAAUCGCUUACGUCGAGGUAGGAAAAAUGUCAGUGAAUUCUAUUUCAAUGAAAAUGCUAAUUCUGUUAUUAAAUUCUUCAAACAAAUUGGAUUGGAACAAUCACAUAUUCGAAAUAUCGUAGUUUCUGAACCCCAAAUUUUGUUGUGUAAUGUUGAUAAAACCCUAAUUCCUAAGAUUCAAGCUUUUCAUAAUAUAGGGUUUUCUGGGUCUGAUUUUGCUGAGUUUUUAAGGAUGAAUCCUACUGCAUAUUUUGUGGGUUUACAUUCCCAUAUUGUUCCGGCAAUUCAAACUUUGAGGGAAAUUAUGGGUUGUGAACAGCUAGUGAUUAGGUUUCUGAAGAAAAAGUGUCAUUGGAGGCCUUCUAGUGUUCCCAAUGUGUUGGUGCCUAAUAUAAAUUUGUUGAGAAGUUAUGGAAUUUCCAUGGAAUCAAUCCGGAAAUUCCUUGUUAGGGCACCAGCCCCGUUUUUUCGGAAUAUCGAGUUUUUGGAGAAUGCGGUGAUUAAGGUUAAAGAGGAAUUGGGGAUUUCUCCACAGUCUCCACAGUUCUUGUCCGUUGUCAUGUUACUGUCCUCUGUUAACGAGAACACUAUGGAGUUGAAACGAGAAAUGUUUAGAAGUUUUGGGUGGACUGAGUCUGAUAUUUCAACUCUUUUAGCAUCAAGUCCUUUUGCUUUUGGACUCUCUGAAGCUACCAUCAAGAAAAAGCUGGAUUUUCUUAUGAAUCAGCUGGGUUAUGAGCCGAGUUACUUGUCAAAGAGGUAUAACCUGUUAACUUGUAGCCUGGAGAAGAGGAUAUUGCCUAGACAUAAGACUCUCAUUGUAUUGAAGGAGAAAGGUUUUAUUAAGAUGGAUUACCUUCUUGAAUCUUCCGUUUCACUGACCGAGUCUCAGUUCUUGAAGAAGUUCGUGCUACCAUAUAAGGAAGUCCAUGGAGUUUAUUCCCAACACGCAGGUAUUAGUUUGGAGUUGCUGACUCUAGGAUCAUCAAAAACAAAUUCCAAAGCUGCUUGAUGCUUGGUAAGCCUGCAAUUUAGCAUGUAACAUUUAAAUUAUUGAUUUCAGUAAUUCACCAAAAACACUCUAAUACAUCCUCCUAGCUGCUGAAAGAUCGAUGGAAUAACUUUGUUUUUUUUCUUACUCAUCUAGGUGAUUCUUGGUAAUGUAUCGUGUUUACAAUUGCUAUGAUAGGAUUUAGAGCUUCAUCCUUAUGCUAUGGUUUCCUCAAUGUACCCGUACUUAACUUUUGGACCUCAGCUUUUUUUUUGGUUAUAUUAACUUUGCUCUCUAAUGUCUGAAUUUCUGAAAGCUUGCUUUGUGAUACAUAAAAUAUAUAUCAACUCAUGACACACAUUUCCCUCCAAAUUGCACAGGUUAUCAGAAUUAGAUUGGACCUAAACUCCCAUACUCUAAUUAGUCUUAUAUUCUCCACUCAUUUUGUUUUUUUAUAUUUUUCUCUCUCAAAGUAUUUUGUCAAUAGCUUUUCCUAUGGGCGACUUCUGUUACUUUAGUUAUCAGUAAUCCUGUUUCUUGUUGUUGUGUCAUUGUAUUGUGUAUGAAUCUAACAGACACAAAAGAUAAGGUUGUGUUGCAUACUUGCAUGUGCUAAAACCCAAAACUUCUUUAGCGUCUCCACCUAUGAUUAAUACGAAGUAUAUAUUAUGUACUCUUCUAAAAUGGUUGUCAUAUAUAUUUUUUGAAAUUUGAAAUACGCAUCCUGUGCAUUUAGAUCUAUUUCUUUGUAUGUAAAGGUGGAUUCAUUAUUGAGAUUGUGUAUACACUUGCAUACCCGCAAAUUUCAGAAAGAAAUAAAUAUUGGGUUCUAAGUAUAAGUGUAUAACCUCGCCUUUGAGCCUUAAUCUUUUUUCCCACCAUUUUGUAUCACUAUAUUUUUUCCUAAACAAAAAUAUGGCCAUAUUUUCAUUUUUUCAUACGUGGAUACAAGAUAAUCAACCCAUGAAACAAUGUGAAUUAAUCUGACCAUUAAUGCACACCACAUAAAAGUUUUGUGAGCCUGGCAGCCUAUUACUCUAUCUUUAGCAUUUAAUAUAUAUAUAAAAAAAGUGUAUUUUAAGUUAGUUAGAAAGUUGUGUAGCGUAGAACAAAUGGAUCCAUGAAAAUUGCCAAUGAACCAGCAAAAGAGCUAUUUGGUGCUCAAAUUCAUAUAUGGAAUCAUUUUUUGUCUUAUCUAAGCCCCAUGUCAUUAAAAUGUGCAAUUCAGCUUGGCUUCCUAGGUGCCAUUCGAAAGCAGGGCAAGCCUAUGACUCUUAGGGAGCUAGUUGUUUCAUUGUCUCUCCAUCCAAACAAGGUUCUUUCUCUAGGUCGAUUAACGUGCCUUCUUGUUCAUUCCAACUUCUUUCCAAGCAAAUAUUAUCGAGUAGUGAAGAAGCCUUUGAUCUUACCAUAAACUCCCCACUCUUAACUUUUAUUAAAGGAUCACCCUCACCCUCUAGCUCCUUUCGCGUUUAUGGUUCUUGUCCCAAUAUAGGCUGAUUUGUCACAUAACUUCUCUAAUUGGUUUCAAAAUGAAGAUGAUACUCCUUUUCUUGUUGCUAAUAGAAAGACUAUGGGAAUAAACCUCUUGUGUUCUUGAGUUUAACAAGAUUUUCUACGCUUUUAUGGCCAGUGAUACUCAAUUUGUUAUGGGUUUGUUGAUGUGUAACGAUGAGUUCAAGGGCUUAUUGGAGGGGUUGAGUAAUUAGUUGAUGUUGGUGGCGGUAGUGGAACCAUGGCUAUGGCCAUUGCUCAGCUCUUCUCUGAGUUAAGGUGUGUUGUGCUUGGUCUCCCACAUGUGGUUCAGGGAUUACUAGCGUUUGCAAGAACUUAAUAUAUGUUGGAGGUGAUAUGCAUGAGGCUGUUCCUCCUGCUCAAGCCGUCUUACUCAAGGUAAAAUCUCUAGUUUUAUUUUUAUUUCUAACGAUGAGUUCAAGGGCUUACUGGAGGGGUUGCGGCAUUAGUUAAUGUUGGUGGCGGCAGUGGAACCAUGGUCCAAGGAUAUGGCCAUUGCCCAGCUCUUUCGUGAGUUAAGGUAUGUUGUGCUUAGUCUCCCACAUGUGGUUCAGGAAUUAAUAGGGCUUGGCAAGAACUUAAUAUAUGUUGGAGAGAUCUGUUUGAGGCUGUUCCUCCUGCACAAAACGUCUUACUCAAGUUAAAAUCACUAAUUGUCAUUUAGUUUUCCUUUCCUUGUUUGAUAAUUCCGAAGUACUUCUUUAUAUAAAUGAUAGGUUUUAUAAGUUGGUUUUAUACUCAACUUUAUCCUAUAUGAUACUCCGUAUUAUGUUUUGUAUGUUAUAGUAUAAUUUUCUAACCUAAACUGAUGUGUUAUACUCUUGUUUUAGAAUACUUAUAUUAGUUUCAUCGACACACCUAUUACUGCAUAAGUUUAACCAUAAUCAUAUGUUAUAUAUUGUAACUUUUGUAAGAUUACGGUGAGACCAAUUAACAACAUACUGUGUAUUGCACAAUAACAUUUGAUUUUUAUAUAGUAAUUGUAAGACAACGUUAUUGAAGUUAAACUUCCCUGAGAAAAAAAAUGUUAUUGAAGUUAUAGUAUGAAUAGAAAAGUCCAAUUGCUCAAGUUUUCUGUAACUAUGCGUUAUAGUUUCUGCUUAACCUAUUUCUAUGUAGUACUCCGGAGUAGUAAUAAUGAAAGAAGAGCUCAUUGUCUAAACUUAUCUAUUAUAGGUUAGACUAGUUUAAUUUCUCUGCUACUUCCUGUAUUUCUUAUUGUUUUUCCUACUUGGAAACUUUUUGUGAAACAAAAUUGGUCAAAGUAGGAUGGUCAAUAUGAAAUUGAGGCACCAAGCAUAGCUUGGUCUAGUGGUCAAGUUUGUUUCUCACAACUAAGAGGUUGUGGGAUCAAACCCUACUAGAGGCACCUUUGGGGUUGGGAUUCCCUUACCCUUCCCCCCUCACUUCCAAAGUGUCUAGCCCGCUAACCCGAGCAUAUGAAAGACAUUUAUUUUAAAAAGAGAUGGAGUAUGUAGUCGUAUCCAUGCACUAAUUGAAAUAACUUUUGCAGUGAAUAUAGUAUGAUUGCAGGGAUGAUCAAAGAGGCCCUCUUGAGUCUUACAAUUGAAAUAAUUUCUGCUGCACCUCUUGAGUCGCAUGCUGACUCCCUUAUGUCUACUACAGUGGCUGCUGCCUUCCUUGUUACUUUCAGGUUUUAUUUUCAGCUUUAUUUUCAGUCUUUGAUGCGGGUUAAUCCACUUUUGGAUGUCAUGAGAGCAAAAUUUUCAUUUCUAUGCUCCAUGGCGUCUGGUCUGUUUGUUUUUGCUCCAAACAUUGGUUUACAGGAUGUUUUGUUAAUCAUCCCCAUAUAAUAUAAGCUUCUUUCGUCGGGUUUUAAAAAAAGAUUAUCAAAGAGGCAAUUCCUAGCAAAGAUGAAGAUGGCAAGAUUAUCCCCAUGUGAGAUGACGAAUCUUACCCUGGGGGGUAUGGAAAGAGCUGAAGCGGAAUGGAAAAACUUGUUUAUAAGUGUUGGUUUCUGUGACUAAGAUUUUUUUUCUUAUUCUAGGGUCAAUAACUGGUGUAUUUAAGUAAUUUCAUUCCAAGUUUUGUUGGUACUUGGUAGAGUUAUAAUUAUCAAAUUGAUUCCAAGUCAUAUAAAAUGCAUGUAAUUUUUAAAGGAUUA